GGGAACUUCAAUUCUCAAACUAUCUAUCAGUAUGUCUACAAAAUAAGUUGAAACGAUUGAUGAAAAAUAACGGCUUAAUGUAUGUUUUGUUUUUUCAGUGAUAUGACCUUCAAUGCAAUCAAACGGUACGGCGUCAAGAUGUACUUUGGAGUUGUUAUCACUUUUUCGUUUGUGCUCGUUGAGAUAUAUGGGGGACGCCCAUCUAUAGCCCUUAUUUCAGCAACAAAGGACAAACCAAAUCUUCUUUUUCAUUAUGUGAUCUUAGAAAAUGAAACUUUUAAAAACCCAAAUAUGGUGGCGAUAGCUGCUUUUGAAGAAAAAAUAAACACUACUGGUUGGUCAUCACUCACGGUGGCAACAUCGUCUAGCUUUCCUGACUAUCUACAAGCUUACUGGGCUGGGUUUUUGGAAACUAAUCUCACACUCAGUUUGACUGUCUCCCAUUGGAUAAACACUGUCAAAGAUAUGUGCCCGAUUCCACUUUCUAAAGACUGUAAAAUUUUACAUCAGUACCUAUCAGAAAAUAUGGCUUAUAUGUUAAAUGAGGCAUAUAAACAUGGUGACCAUAGUCCUUUUUGGUAUCAAGUUGCUUUACAGUUAUGGCAGCUUAAGGGAAUGUCUGAUGCCUUUAAUAGAAAAUUCAUCGACAGAGCGGACUUGUUAAACCGUAAUCAUUUGAAUACAUUGAUUAACGAAGUAAUGGGGAUUUAUUUACUACAGCUCAACGGGGAUCUUGAUGACUUAGUUAGUGCCUUAUCGGUUCUUACAUUAAAGAAAGGCAAAAACAAAAUGGGACAUCCAUUUAUCGCUAGUCCAUCGUGUUCAGCACUGAUUAAAAUAGUUGAUAAUAAUGUCUAUUUAUCGCAUGUCACAUGGUCAACAUACAGUAUUAUGCUGCGUGUAUUGAAACAUUACAACUUUCCAUGGAAAACUGUCAAUCGUACAGAUUCUCAGAAAAUUCCUGGUUUUGCAAUAACAUUUUCUUCAUAUCCAACAUUUACCAGUUCAGUUGAUGAUUUCUACUUGACAAGUGCAAAUCUCACUAUUACCGAAACUACCAAUAAUGUAUAUAAUCAUUCAUUAUGGAAUAUUGUUCGAAAUGGUAGUAGAAAUUCUGUAUUCACAUUUAUACGUGGUAUGGUUGCCAGUCGCUUGGCCAAAACAGGGGACGAAUGGAUUGCAUAUUUCAAGUACAACAACAGUGGAACGUAUAAUAAUCAGUGGAUGAUAUUUGACGCUAAACAAUGGCCAAGAAAUAAAAGAUCACUUAUGAUAGCUGAACAACUACCAGGAAUAGUGUCUAGUCUUGAUGUAACAAAUAUACUGAAAAUUCAAGGUUAUUGGGCCAGUUAUAAUCUACCGUUUAUUGAUGAUAUCUACAUACUUAGUGGAACAAAGAAUAUGGCCAAAAUGUAUGGAGACUGGUAUGUACAUAAUAUGACAUCGAGGGCCAAAAUUUUCCGACGUGAUCAUCACAAAGUUGUUGAUUUUCCAAGUAUGAUGUCGCUUAUGAGAUAUAAUGACUUCAUAAAUGAUCCAUUAUCUGCCUGUCCGUGUAAACCUCCGUACACAAGUAACAAAGCUAUAUCAGCACGAGAUGAGCUGAAUGAUCCGAAAGGACAGUAUCCAAUUCGUUCGUGGUCCUACCGCCUACAUGGAGGAACAGACGCUAAAGUUGUUGACUUAUUGAUGAUGAAUCAACUCAACAUGAUUGCAAUCAGUGGACCGACCUACGACAACUUGCCUCCAUUUCGCUGGUCACUAAUUAAAGAUGUGAAGAAACCUUUGAUGCACCCAGAUAAGUGGCAGUUCCCACCUGUGAUCACCAAAUUUAUCGAUUACCUAUCUACAAAUGGCAAUAUUUCUGCUGGAUUCCUUUCCGUAGAAUCAUUGUUUUAGUCCCCUUUAAUAAAGUAGAUUUCAUUAACCAUAUGGAUAUAACUUACUGUAGAUUGCUCUAUAAUCUGAAGUUUUGUUAGACAUUAUUGCUCUAAUCUGGUAUUGUUUGCAAAGAUCUUUCGAACUGCUUAUUUCGUUUGUUACACAAAUUUUGGUAGUACAGGCCACCAAAAGCAGUACUUGCCAGACAAAUGAAGUGAUAAUAUUGUGAAAGAAUCGAUGGAAAAAUAGUUCAAUCAAUAAAUGAAUAAUGAUAGUAUUUGAUAACUGAGACAGGCUAGUUGGAACACGGUUAAAAGGGGCUCCUUUAAGUUAGAGAAGCUUAUCUCAGUCUUAUACAUACUGUGAUAGAAAAAAUCUAUAGCUGAUUCACCACCGACCUCCAUUCUGAGUCAAAAUAUCGAGUCAUAGUUGCAUCAUCUCUAAGACUCCCACCGAGAAGUCAUGGUAGACCAAUAAAAGCCAAUCUUCAGUACCAUUGUGUCAUGUUGUUAGCUCAAGGCUGAAGAGAAAUAGUCAGAUUGAUCAACCCUACCCAACACUACUAUUGAAUUGAACAGUGCCUGUAUACCAUCACUUUCAGAUGUUGUUUUGCAGCAAC